CGUAUCAGAGGAGUAGAAACAACAAGCCGCCAUUUUGUUUGUGCGGACAGCCCCGUCAGAAACAGGAGAGCAGAGAUAACCGAGAGAAGAAGACGGAGCAGACUCCGGUCCACCGACGGAACACAACUCCGGGAAACCUACACGAGACAGAAGAAGCGAGGGGAGAGAAACCUCCGUCCGUGUUUAUCAAGAGCGCGAGAAAGCACCACGGAGGAGAAACCGAGUCGGUGAUAUAUAUAUAUAUAUUUAUAUAUAUAUAUAUAUAUAUAAAUAUAUAUAUAUAUAUAUAUAUAUAUAUAUGUGUAUGCAUGAGAAGGAAAUACUCCGACAAAUCCAAGGAAGGAAGGAAGGGGGGAGCAGAGAGGAGAGAGGCGGAAGAGGGUUUUUAUAUUUUAUCAUAAGGAAGGAGAAAACCUGCGAUAAAAGAGGAGAAAUCAACAUGAAAAAUCAGUAUGUGUCCGUCGCGGAGGAAGGAAAGAGUCCGCAUAGACAAUUAUAUAAAUAAAUGUCUGCCGGGCAGAAGGGAGAGGUGGAAAGAAAGACGGGUUUAAAGAGAGAGAAGAAGAGGGGGAAAUCAAACACGAAGGGGGGCAUUUCUCCAUCACAAAGAGGCAAUGAGACGAUUUUUGUCAGCCCUAAAUAUCUUAGGGGGUGUCAACAUUUAGUGUGUCGAUCUGAAGCUUUUCCUGCUUCGCAAAAAUAGCCAUAAUAUCUCAGCGACCCGCCGUCGUGUUUUUUUUUACCACAUUUUUCGCCCCGUCGUUCCUGCUUUGCUAGCUUGUGCUCCGGUUUACAUCAUUUUUCUCUCUUCACUUGCACGACCAAGACAUCCUGUAAAAGCAGAGUGAGUGGAUUUUUGGAGAAUAUGCAUCUUUCUUUUUCAUUAUCUGACAUUUUUUUAAGUGCUGAAACCAACCAGGAGGAGGAACAAGAUAAGUAACCCCCCCCCCACUCACACGCACAGAUCUUGCAAAAAUACAAACUAAUUGGAUCAAUCUGACUUGUGCCCUGCUGAUUGGCAAUUAUCACUUUGGAUCUAUACGGUCAAAGAAAUAUAAAGUCUGGUUGCACAAGAGCAGAGAUUUUUUUCAACCCUGCUGACUGCAAAAAAACAAGAUUUUCGACUGCAAAAACCUUGCAGAAAGGAAGGGGGGUUGCAACAAACCAAAUGUGCAAUAGGAGUUUCUGACCCAGUGCCUUGCAUGGUCAACACACACUAAGUGCAACAUUUUUAGGCCAACAUGCAAAAGAAAAAAGUCGUGCAUGGAUAUAUGCAUCCGCAAUAUAUUUGACUUUUAUCUCGAGUAAAGUGUUGGGACUCAUCUUUUCUGCAGAACUGUACUAUUCAGUUGCUGUUAAAGCCAAUGCAAGUUGUUGUUUUCCCUCAGUAUUGCACUUGAGAAGCACCACUUUAACUGCUGCUUGCUGGUGGUCUCCACAGUCCACACACCGGUUUGGUCUGGAAAAAAAAAAGGCACAUUGGGCAAGCGGUGAGAUGUCUGGUCAGGUGAGAGAAAUGGUGAAUGCAACCGAGGAUAUCUCAUAACUGUUGCAUGAGAAGCUGCAGAAGUUAAACACAGAGACACUCCUGGCUUGGUGUGUUUUUUUUUUUUGGGGGGGGGAUCAUAAUUAGCAUUUUUCGUGCCCUCUGAUCUGAUCGAGACACUCAGACCUGAAAUACAGGCUUUCUCUCACGCCGACUAUGGCGGACAGGACUGAGCUGAGCACGGAGGACGGAUCUUGGGACAGUUUUCGUGUCGCAGAAGAAGAGGCCACAUGAGGUUGUCACAGAGGAGGCCUGCACACGCUUUGCCUUUUUCUUUUUUGUUGUUGCCGACUCCACCUUCCCACCUCCUCCUGUUCAAAAUCUGUUGAAGAAACACAAUCUCCGACAGGGGAGGGGGACUGAUCUCUGCAGAGAGGAGGACUAAAACCUGAGAGAGAGGGAGAAACUGUGAGGGAGAAAGAGUUGCUCUCCUCUCUCCCCUACCGUCCCUCCUCUAAAGCGGUGGGGGAAACCAUCACAAGCAUCUCUUAAAGGGAUAUAAGGAUCUACAGCUUUUUUUUUUUUUUUUGUUAAUUAGUCAAAAAUAUGGCCGAUAAUGUCCUGGAGUCCGGCCCGCCUUCAGCCAAGAGGCCCAAGCUGUCCUCUCCAGCUCUCUCGGUGUCUGCCAGUGAUGGAAAUGAUUUUGGUUCACUCUUUGACCUGGAGCAUGACCUCCCAGAUGAGCUCAUCAGUUCCUCGGACCUGGGGCUGACCAACGGAGGGGACGUCAGUCAACUCCAUACCAGUCUUGCCGGACUCGGAGGAGGGCUCGGUUUAGGAGGCCAGGAUGCGGCUGCGAAACACAAACAGCUGUCUGAGCUGUUGCGCGCUGGAGCACCGGCACAGCAGGGUGGCCCUAAUUCCAACAGCACAGCAUCCGGGGCUUCCAUGGGGAUGAUGGGGGGUGUCGGUGUCUCCCCCGGUGGACCUCAAGGCAUGCCCACCCAGGGCCAGCAGCAGCAACCUGGAUUAAUGCAGCAGGUUGGGAUGGUUGGAGGGGUGGCGGCACUCAAUCGGGCAGCCGCCAUGAUGGGUGCCCAGAAGGUCAACACUGGACAGCAGCAGCAAGGCUUGAUGGGGGGGCAGGUGAUGAAUGGCUCGCCAAGAAUGGGUUACCCUGGCAGUGCAGGCAUGGGUAACAGUGGUAAUCUGUUGGCGGAAACCCUACAGCAGCAGCAGGGCAGUCAGCAAAUGGGACCUGGGGGUCAGGCAGGGAUGAGACCACAGCAACCCGGAGCACUGAGCAAGAUGAGUAUGAUGGCCAAUGCGGGCCCCUAUGGCGGUCCGUACGGCCAGUCUGGCCAGGGGCUGUCUGGAGCAGGGCUGGGCCCACAGCUCCAGAAUAAGGCGGGUCUGCCCAACAAUAUGGCCGCUCAGUUCGGCAUGGACAAGAAGGCACCACCGGGUCAAGGCAUGCCUGGGAUGGCCUCUCAGCAGCAGCAGCCCGGAGCAGUUGGUGGCGUAUCCGUCAGCGGUGCAGCAGCAGUGGGAGGCGCCCAGGUCGGGCUCAGUGCCGUCGGGGCGGGUCCCGGCGCAGCGCCCCCCACCGCGGACCCCGAGAAACGGAAGCUGAUUCAACAGCAGCUGGUCCUCUUGCUCCACGCGCACAAGUGCCAGCGGAGGGAGCAGGCCAACGGGGAAGUGCGGCAGUGCAACCUGCCUCACUGCCGCACCAUGAAGAACGUGCUCAACCACAUGACUCAUUGCCAGGCUGGCAAGUCCUGCCAGGUGGCACACUGUGCCUCAUCCAGACAGAUCAUCUCUCAUUGGAAGAAUUGCACACGACAUGACUGUCCUGUAUGCCUGCCACUGAAAAACGCUGGAGACAAGAGGAAUCAGCAGUCUCUUGUCAACAGUGCAGGAGUGGGUUUGGUGAACUCUUUAGGUUCAGGGGUGCCUGGUGGACAGUCCAACACUCCAAACCUGAACCCUCCCAACCAGAUUGACCCCAGCUCCAUAGAGAGGGCCUACGCCGCACUCGGCCUCACUUACCAGGGCAACCAGAUGCCACAGCAGUCACCACAGGCCAACAUGUCCAACCAGGGCCUGCAGGGGCAGCCCGGGAUGAGGACUCUAAACGCCAUGGGUGGAAACUCUAUGGGAGUGAACGGUGGAGUGGGGGUGCAAUCCCCCAACCAGCAGUCCAGCCUACUGCCAAACGCCCUUUUGCACAGCAUGAAUGCACAGAGUUUGAUGAAUGAUGUGGGGAACCUGGGCUCCAUGCCCACGGCGACUCCUCCUUCUGCUCCAGGCAUGAGAAAGUCUUGGCAUGAAGACAUCACACAGGACCUCCGCAACCACCUUGUCCACAAGCUUUUGUGCAUGUGUGAGAGUAGUGUGCAGGCCAUCUUCCCCACUCCUGAUCCAGCGGCGCUGAAGGAUCGGCGGAUGGAGAAUCUGGUGGCUUACGCUCGAAAAGUAGAGGGGGACAUGUACGAGUCAGCCAACAGCAGGGCGGAGUACUACCAUCUGCUGGCAGAGAAGAUCUAUAAGAUCCAAAAGGAGCUGGAGGAAAAGAGGAGGACACGACUCCAGAAGCAGGGCAUGAUGCCCGGCCAACCUGGCAUAGCCUCGCCAGGCCUCCCGCAGGUGCCUCCCGGCAUGGGACAGCCUCCCGGCAUGGGACAGCCGCCCAUGGCCCCUGGGCAAUCCCCAAAUGGUCCUCACGCCGAUCCGUCCAUGGUCCGACCAGCUGGACCCAAUCAGAUGGUGAACAGGAUGCAAAACCCAUCAGGAAUGAACCAGUUUGGUCAGAUGGGGAUGCAGUCGAUGGGUCAGAGGUCUCCUCUUCCUCUUAAUUCUCCAAUGAACCAGAUGGGUAUGGGAGCACCAAGGAUGGGUCAGUCCAAUGCCACACAGUUACAGAACCAGUAUCUCCCUCCGGGCCAGUUUCCCGGGUCCAGUCCUGGACAUGGCUCUGGUCCUGGUGGCAUGAACCAGCCAGGAGCACAGACUGCUGUGCCACCGCAGAACCAGAUGUCAACGCCGCCUUCCCUCCCAGUCAGCAGCCCUGCAGCACAGUCUGCCUCUUCGGCUCCAGGCUCCGCAGCCCCGGUAGGCUCCAUGGGAUCUGGUGGUGCCAGUGGUUCUGGGCCUCUACCCAGCCUGCCUCCAUCCUCGCCCCGCAACCAGCCGAACUCCUACCCUCACUGCCCGCCCAUCCGAACAAACUCCCCCUCACCGGCACGCAGCUUAACGCCUCAACCGCAUCAAACGCCCCCCACGUUACCUCGUUCUCAGACCCCACAGCCACAGACUCCCAGCACACCCCAGCUGCCCCCUCCACAGCACCAACAACAACAACAACAACAGCAACAACAGCAACAACAGCAACAACAGCAACAACAACAACAACAACAACAACAACAACAACAACAACAACAACAACAACAACAACAAGCUUCCCAGCAGCAGCAGCCAUCGUCGCAGGUGGCGAACUCUGAGAAGGCCAAUCAGCUUCCACAGCAGGCGCUUGGGGGCGUAGCUUCCUCAGGGCCCCAAGCAGGUCAAGCUUCUUCGGUGCCUACCCAGAAUGCUCAUGUGCCAUUGCAGCGGCCACAGACGCCGCUAUCUCCGAAGCCCUCUCUGACAGCAGAUGGUCAGGUGUCCUCUCCAGGCUCGGUCAGCAGCAGCGCCGAUCCCAGCUCCCAGCUGACCCAGCCGGACGGCCCUGCUCCCAGCCAGGAAGAUGUCAAAAUGGAGGUGAAGAAGCAGGAGGAGGACGACGAAGGGGCCGACACCGAAGGAGAGGGCAAGGGAAAGAUGGGCAAGGGUCAGCGUGACGUGAAGACGGAAGAGAAACCAGAGAUAAAGAAAGAGAAACCGUCAGGAGAUGGGUGUAAAGGCGAGCCCAUGGAUACAUCUUCAUUCUCAGCGUCAUCGUCGGUACCCACAGGUGAAGACAAGAAGCCGGAGGUGAAGAAAGAGCCCAAAGAGGAAGACGAGGGGUCAUCCAACAGCGGCUCCCCAGCCAGCGCUCAGAGCAAGAAGAAAAUCUUUAAGCCGGAGGAGCUGCGUCAGGCUCUGAUGCCUACCCUGGAAGCUCUGUACCGGCAGGACCCCGAGUCACUUCCCUUCCGUCAGCCGGUGGACCCCCAGUUACUGGGAAUACCCGUACGUAUUCGAACUAGUAACAAAACUAACCUGGACUAUUUUGACAUCGUGAAAAACCCCAUGGACCUGUCGACCAUCAAACGGAAGCUGGACACGGGACAGUACCAAGAGCCUUGGCAGUAUGUCGAGGAUAUCUGGCUGAUGUUCAACAACGCCUGGCUGUAUAACCGCAAGACGUCCCGAGUCUACAAGUACUGCUCCAAGCUGGCGGAGGUGUUUGAGUCGGAGAUCGAUCCUGUCAUGCAGGGCCUGGGAUACUGCUGUGGGAGGAAGUUUGAGUUUUCCCCCCAAACUCUAUGCUGCUAUGGAAAACAAUUAUGCACCAUCCAACGGGACGCUGCUUAUUUUAGCUACCAGAACAGUUCACCAAAAUAUGGGCUUCUUGCUGACAGGUACCACUUCUGUGAGAAGUGUUUCAACGAAAUCCAGGGCGAGAGCGUUUCUUUGGGGGACGACCCCUCCCAGCCUCAGACGUCCAUCAACAAAGAACAGUUCCAACGGAAGAAGAACGACACACUCGACCCGGAGUUGCUCGUGGAAUGUAUUGACUGCAGUCGUAAAAUGCACCAGAUCUGCGUCCUGCAUAAUGAUACCAUAUGGCCGUCGGGCUUUGUAUGUGACAACUGCCUCAAAAAGGCCAAUAAGACGCGGAAAGAGAACAAAUACGCAGCCAAACGGCUUCCUCAGACCAAGUUGGGGUGCUAUUUGGAGACACGAGUAAACGAUUACAUCAAGCGGCAGAACCUCCCUGAUUCUGGCGACGUCACCAUCCGUGUGGUCCACGUGUCAGACAAGGUGGUCGAGGUCAAGCCGGGCAUGAAGUCCAGGUUUGUUGACAGUGGAGAGAUGUGCGCGUCCUUCCCCUACAGGAUGAAAGCCCUGUUUGCAUUUGAGGACGUCGAGGGAGCGGAUGUGUGUUUUUUCGGCAUGCACGUUCAAGAGUACGGCUCGGACUGCCCGCCGCCCAAUCAGAGACGAGUGUACAUCUCGUACCUGGACAGCGUGCACUUCUUCCAACCUCGACUCCUCCGAACUGCCGUCUACCACGAGAUCCUGAUAGGCUACCUGGAGUAUGUCAGGAGGCAGGGGUAUACAACGGGUCACAUCUGGGCCUGUCCACCCAGUGAAGGGGAUGAUUACAUCUUCCAUUGUCACCCAGCGGACCAGAAGAUCCCCAAGCCAAAACGGCUGCAGGAGUGGUACAGGAAGAUGCUGGACAAGGCCGUCGCUGAGCGCAUCGUCCACGAUUACAAGGACGUCUUCAAGCAGGCGACAGAGGACCGGCUGACCAGUGCCAAGGAGCUGCCAUACUUUGAGGGCGACUUCUGGCCCAACGUACUGGAGGAGAGUAUCAAGGAGCUGGAGCAGGAGGAGGAGGAGAGGAAGAGGGAGGAGAACAGCACCUCCAAUGAGUGCACAGAUGUCGCAAAAGGAGACAGCAAGAAUGCCAAAAAGAAGAACAAUAAAAAGACAAGCAAGAACAAGAGCAGCAUGAGCCGAGCCAAUAAGAAGAAACCAGGGAUGCCCAACGUUUCCAAUGACCUUUCCCAGAAACUCUACGCCACCAUGGAGAAACACAAGGAGGUCUUCUUUGUUAUCCGCCUUAUUGCGGGCCCCACCGCCAACUCGCUGCCCCCCAUCACGGACUCCGACCCCCUCAUGGCCUGCGACCUGAUGGACGGCCGCGACGCCUUCCUGACUCUGGCCAGGGACAAGCAUCUGGAGUUCAGCUCUCUCAGGAGGUCCAGGUGGAGCUCCAUGUGUAUGUUGGUGGAGCUGCACAACCAGAGCCAGGACCGCUUCGUCUACACCUGCAACGAGUGUAAACACCACGUGGAGACCCGCUUCCACUGCACCGUCUGCGAGGACUAUGACUUGUGCAUCACCUGCUACAACACUAAAGGCCAUGAGCACAAGAUGGAUAAGCUGGGGCUUGGACUGGACGACGACAGCAACAACCAGGCAGCAGCAGCUACCCAGAGUCCCGGAGACUCUCGCCGUCUCAGCAUCCAGCGCUGCAUCCAGUCUCUUGUCCACGCAUGCCAGUGCCGCAACGCCAACUGCUCCCUGCCAUCCUGCCAGAAGAUGAAGCGCGUUGUUCAGCACACAAAAGGCUGCAAGCGCAAGACGAACGGCGGCUGUCCCAUCUGCAAGCAGCUCAUCGCUCUGUGCUGCUACCACGCCAAACACUGUCAGGAGAACAAAUGUCCCGUCCCGUUCUGUCUGAACAUCAAGCAAAAGCUCCGGCAGCAGCAGCUGCAGCACCGGCUCCAGCAGGCCCAGAUGUUGAGGAGGAGGAUGGCCAGCAUGCAGAGGGUGGGGCAGGCGGCCGUAGGGCCUCCGGGAGGACCUGUUGUAGGGCUUCCAUCACCAGGGAACAAUGGCACCACGGCGCCCAGUACCCCAACUUCUGGUGGAACCCAGCCCCCAACACCCCAGACCCCGACUCAGGCCAUGCCCCCAGUCACGCAGCAGGGGAUGGGCCCUGGACCUGGAGUUCAGCAGCAACAGCAGCCAGGUGGAAUGCCCCCACAAGGUGGCAUGCCUCCUCAACAUCCUCAACACCUUCACCACCAGUUCCAGCAGAUGGCGGGUGGAGGAGGAGGCGGGCCUGGGGGGAUAAUGGGCUCUCCCCAACAUCAGCAGCAGAUGCUUCCUCAGGUCCAGCAGCAAAGUGGAGCAGGGACCAACCCUCAACAGCUCCAGCAGCACCCCAACAGUUUGCCUCCGUAUGCCGGCAGACCCCCAGGCUCCUCCCCAAUCCAUCAAUCCCAGGGAAAACCGGUCCUUGGCUCCGCAACGCCUCCCCAGCAGCAGCUUGGUGGCGCCGUCAUGGCCGGAAGUGUCGGGGGUCAACAACCUCCCGGUCAGGCCCAGGGCCAGCCGUCCCUUCCACAGCAGCAGCAGCCUCCUUCUGGCCCUCCACCGGCAGCAGUAGAAAUUGCCAUGAAGAUCCAACAGGUAGCCGAUGCUCAGAGGAAGAUGGCUCUGCAGAGACAAGCGGCCCAGGCAGCUGCAGGCUUGAUGCCGCCUCACCCUCACCAUCAACAGGGUCAGGGUCAACAGAUGGGCAUGGGACACCCGGGGGCAGUAGGGAUGGUCGGAGCCCAGGGUAUGCCACCACAGACACAAGCGGCAGUGGCGGCUGCUCGGGCCCACAUGGAGCAACAACAAGGUGCUCCGCCAGGGAUGAUGGUUGGCGCUGGUGGGCCCAUGCAGCAAUCCCCUCAGCAGGGUAACCUGCCCCAGGGCCAGCUGCCCACUCAGGUACAGCUUCAACAACAGAGGAUGGGUGCUCCACAUCAAAACCCUCAGCAGCAGCAACAGCAGUGGGCAAGCCAGGGGAUGCCACCUCAGCAGAGGCAAGCUAUUAUGAACCAAAUGAGCCAUCCAGCCAUGAUGGCAGCUCAACAACAACAACAACAGCAGCAGCAGCAGCAGCAGGCGCAGCAGCAGCAAAUGCAACAACAGCUGCAGCAGCAGCAGCAGCAGCAGCAGCAGCAGCAGCAGCAGCAGCAGCAGCAGCAACAGCAGCAGCAGCACCAACAAGCUCAGGGCCACGCUGCCUUGAUGAAUAUGGCACAACAGCAGCAGCUGCAGCAGCAAGGUGCUGGUGGUGGGAUCCCAGGUGGAGCUGUCCCUGGAGCUGCUGGUGUCCCAGGUGGUGUUGCUGGUGGGAACAUCCCUCAGGCAGCCCUACAGGAGCUGUUACGGACUCUCCGCUCACCUAGCUCGCCGCUCCAGCAACAGCAAGUCCUCAACAUCUUGCGUUCUAACCCACAGCUCAUGGCUGCUUUUAUCAAGCAGAGGGCCUCAAAAUACAAAGGGGUUCAGGGGGGCCCAGGUGGACCAGGUGGUGUCCCUGGAGGUCCUGGUCCCACAGGGGGUCCUGUUGGUAAUGUCAUGGCUGGAGGGGGCCCACAGGUGAACAUGAAUGCUGCAGGUGGCGGCCAGCCGGGGAUACACAUGGGGGGUCAGGGAGGGACGAAUGUCAACAUGGCCACUAUGGCCCAGCUACAGCAGGUUCAGCAGCAACAACAGCUGCAGCAGCAGCUCCAGCAGCAACAGCAGCAGCAGCAGCAGCAGCAGCAGCAGCAGCAGCAGCAGCAGCAGAGGCCGAUGCCCAGCAGUUUACAACAGCAGCAAGCGGCGGCUCUCCAGCAGCAGCAGCAGCAGCAGCAGCAGCAACAACAGCAGCAAGGUGGAGGAAGAGGUAUGCAGGGCCAGGGGUCACAGAUGGGAAAUCUCAACAGUCCCCAGUUUAGAGAGCUGCUCCUGAGACGGCAUCUCCAGCAGCAACAGCAACAACAACAACAGCAGCAGCAACAACAACAACAACAACAACAAAUGGGAGUAAAUCACGGUCAGUUCCAGCAGCCACAGCCACCGCAGGGGCAGGGCUACAUGGGCCAGCCUGGGAUGCAGCCUCCUACAGUUGGACAGGGACCACCUGGAGGUCCGCCUCUUGGCCCUCAGCAGCCUGGAGGUCCCCCAGGCCAGCAGGGGCAAGGUUACCCAGGGUCAGUGGCCCAGCAGCAGGCCACAGCUGCUGCACUUCAGCAGAGGCUCCAGCACCAGCACCACCUCCAGAUGCAGCAGCAGCAGCAGCAGCAGCAGCAGCAGCAGCAGCAGCAGCAUAAUGCCAUGGCUGGUCUGCCAGGGGGUGAUGCGGGGCCAGGUGGAGGGGGUGUAGGAGGUCCUCAGCAGCCACCUCAGGGCCCUCAGCCCACUCAAAGUGGCCCCCCACCUCCAUCCUCUCAGGCUCUGCUCCAACAGGCCCUCCACCAGAGGCUGCUCCAGCAGCAGCAGCAGCAGCAGCAGCAGCAACAUCAGCAGCAUCAGCAUCUGGGCCCUGGGGGGUCACCAGCCCAGCACAGUAAUCCCAUGAGCCCUCAGCAGCCGCAACAGAUGGCCCAGUCACCACACCCGCACCCCCACCUGCAGGGCCAGGCGAUGUCCACGUCGCUAGCUAACCAGGUGCGAUCCCCGCAGCCUUCGCCCAGACCCCAGUCCCAGCCGCCACACUCCAGCCCGUCCCCGCGCAUGCAGCCUCAGCCCUCCCCACAUCACAUCUCUCCCCAGAUGCAGACGGGUUCCCCACACCCAGGCCACCUGAACCAGCACCACCCGGGCAUGGUGGGCCCUCCGCAACAACAGCCGACGUCCCAGCAGCAGCAACAGAACUCUAUGGAGCAGUUUGGGUCGGACCCGAGCGCCAUGCUGUCUCAGCUGAGCGGCAUGGCCGGUCUACACGGGCCGGGGGGCAACGGUCAGGACCCGCUGGGCCAGAAUAUGAAUCACAACCCUUUAGACAUCAUGUAGGAAUUCUACUUAACGUGUCAAGUCGAGCUGAAAAACGCUCCGUGAUUCUUCGCACAAACUGCACUCACCCAGGACAGUGUUAUUGUUAUUACUUAGCCUUUCUUUUUUAUACUAUUAUUAAAUGUUAUUUAAAAUGUUUUCAAUAAAGAUGCAUUGAACUGAACUUCCUAUGGGAGAUGAACAAUAAAUCAAGCAGUCGUUAAAUAAAUUAGAAUAAAUGAAUUGUAAGUUAUUGCUGUUAAUAUAUUUUUUUGCCAAUUGUGGACAAAGAGGGGGAUGGUUUCUCUAGCACCCCCCCCUCACCUCCACCUCUUGCUGAAUACAAGAAAGGUGAUAUUUUCGGGGGUAAAUAGGAGUACUUGCCUUUUUUAAGAAAUGUUUUUAAGAUUUUAAAAGUGGUCAAGAAUUAAAGAGGAAAUGAUUUAAUGCAAAGAACUUUUUUAUCGGUUCCCCCAUCAUUCAGUCUGUCUGUCUAUUUCUGUUUUGCAGAGUGAUGUGGAUUAUUAUUAAUGUAAAUCCAAACAUGAUGCAUAUCUUCAUUUUUUUUUUUUUUUUUUUUUUUUUUUUUAAUGUUUGGGUUUGCUUUAUUUAUUGUUUUCUUUUGGGGGGUGGGGUGGGGCUGUUAUGUACCCUGAGACUGCUACAAUUCGUAUAGAAAUAUAUUUUUGUUAUUGACUGUUAUGACGGGGGUAGUGGAUAUUUCAUUUCACUCUAGAUGUCUUUAGUUGGGUCUGUCCAGGUGGGAAUAAUUAAAUGUCAGUGUUUCCUUGCAGUGGUUGAGGGUCUGCUGUGAGUUUGAGAUGUUGAACGGACUUAUUGUGACGUCCCGGCGGACCAGCUUCUGUAUUGGACAUCGGUCAUGCUGGAAGGGACUCUUCCCUCGCAAACAUGCAAGCCCUCUCCCUCGAAUGUGUGUGCACUCCUUCCUUUAAAGACGCUUAAUAUGGAGCAGUGGAGGCUUGGGGAGGGGGGGUGCAUACCUGUGUGCCUGAAACAUUUUGCGUACAUGGGCUGGGAUGUGAAAAAAUAUGGGUGGGGUGGGGCUCCUUUUAGUGUUUUUAGGAUUCCGCUGUUUGGAGUAAACAGAGGAUUUUGAUCCAAAUGAACUGUGUUGCACAGAAAUGAGGAGAAAAGUAGGAGCACUCGCUCUCCGUCUCUUUCUGCCUCGUCCCCUUUGCUGCUCCCCUUGGACUUUAAAUCCCCUCCCCCCUCCUUCUCUUCCUCCUCUUCCUCUGGGGGAAGUUGCUCUCCCUCCCCUCAAACUCCAUCCUCUUUAUCUUUCUGCUAAGAACUUUGGGAGUUUAAUUUAAUAUUUUUUACUGUACAAAGGAAACACAAACUGUGGACUCAAAUACUGUUUUUUAUAAUAAAAAUGAAAAUUACCAACAGUGA